CACAUAUUUCGGAGUUUCUCGAAUCUGUCGGAUGUUUUUCGUGUCCAACGCUGCCGUUACCGCGUGCUGAUCGACUCUGAGACAAUUUUUUACAAUUAAAAAAUUUUACAAAACCUUUUAGAAUUGUCUUUGAUGUUCAGAGGUUGAGUACAACGAACGUAGAGGCGAAAAUGACGGCACUGAGCAAAGUCGGCGAGCCAAGACGCACCCAGGCUCAUGGAAAAGCCUUUCAGGACAGGACAAAACCCAAAGACAUUCGCAGCAGCAAUAUUCAGGCUGCCAAAGCUGUUUGUGAUGCUAUUCGUACCAGUCUGGGCCCUCGUGGGAUGGAUAAAAUGAUUCAAGCUGCAAAUGGCGAAGUUACAAUUACAAACGAUGGUGCUACUAUUCUACAGCAGAUGAAUGUCAUCCACCCAGCGGCUAAAAUGUUGGUGGAGCUAUCAAAAGCCCAGGACUCAGAAGCAGGUGACGGAACGACCAGCGUGGUAGUGGUAGCGGGUUCCCUCCUGGAGGGAGCUGAGAUGCUCCUGCGAAAGGGAAUCCACCCCACAGCGAUAAGCGAGGCCUACCAGAAGGCAGCAGUGAAAGCGGUGGAGAUCCUCAGCUGGUCAAUGGCGAUCCCAGUGGACCUGAACGACACUGAGUCCCUGGUAAAAGCAGCGGCCACAUCCCUGAACUCCAAAGUGGUAUUCCAGCAGUCCUCACUGCUGGCUCCCCUCGCUGUGGACGCAGUCCUGAAGAUCAUCGACCCUGGACGUGAAAAAUCCACAGACCUGAGUGACAUAAAGGUGAUCAAGCAGCUGGGAGGCACAGUCGAGGACACAGAGCUGAUCGAGGGUCUGGUGUUCACCCAGAAGUCCUGCAACGUAAACGGCCCCAAGAGGAUCGAGAAAGCGAAGAUCGGUCUCAUCCAGUUCUGCAUAUCUCCCCCCAAAACCGACAUGGAUCACAAUGUCGUCGUGUCGGACUACUCAGCGAUGGAUCGAGUACUCAAGGAAGAGCGUGCCUACAUCCUGAACAUCGUCAAGCAGAUCAAGAAGUCUGGCUGCAAUGUUCUCCUCGUCCAGAAGUCAAUUCUGCGUGACGCCAUCAGUGAUCUUGCCAUUCACUUCCUGGACAAGAUCAAGGUCAUGGUGAUCAAGGAUAUUGAGCGUGAGGACAUCUCCUUUGUCUGCAAGACCCUGGGGUGCAGGCCAAUUGCCUCGCUGGAUCACUUCACAGCUGAGAAUCUGGUGUCUGCUGAGCACGUCGAGGAGGUGCAGACUGGAGCCUCGAAGUUCGUGAGGAUCACUGGAAUCCAGAAUCCAGGACGAACGGUCACUGUACUCGUUCGUGGCAGCAAUAAACUCGUCCUCGAGGAGGCUGAACGCUCUCUUCACGAUGCACUCUGCGUCAUUCGUUGUCUCGUGAAGGAGCAGGCGUUGAUCGCUGGUGGCGGAGCUCCCGAGAUUGAACUGGCACUGAAACUCUCGGCUUAUGGCCAGACACUGGGGGGUGUUGAUGCCUAUUGCAUCAAGGCAUUUGCCAAUGCCUUGGAGAUCAUUCCAUCGACGUUGGCGGAGAAUGCUGGGUUGAAUCCUAUUGCCACGGUUACGGAGCUGAGGAAUAGACAUGCCCAGGGGGAAAUCACUGCUGGGAUCAAUGUCAGGAAGGGAACCAUCACGAAUAUUCUGGAGGAGAAUGUCAUACAGCCACUGCUGGUGUCCACUAGCUGUAUUACUUUAGCUUCGGAAACUGUGAGGAGUAUACUCAAAAUCGAUGAUAUUGUCAAUACAAAUCAAUAAGGGGUUUUUUUUACUAUUGUUCAUUCGAGUGACUUUUCAUUGAUCACAUUGUGGAAUUGUGAGGGGCUGUCGGGGCCUGUCGCUGGUGUCAACUGCUUUUCAUACGAUUAAUAAAGUUAUUCAACAUUUAUUCA